AUGCCUCCUCAUGUUGCUGCCAGCCCCAAGAAUAAACGGGCCAAGCGCAAAGGUCUGGAUGUGUCCAGGCCUCAACCCAAGAAUCCCCAAGCAGCAGAACCCGUCAAGGCAUCUGGCAUGCCACUUGUGUCCCUCCGUCUAGAUGCCACAAGCACUGAUGAACCUGCUAGACGUUCUGGCCGUGCCAAUGCGGGAACUGGAGGUAGGAAUACUCAAUUGGAGAAGAUCGGCACAUUGUUGGAGGCUCCAUCUCGUGUCAUGCCCCCACCAUAUAGUCUGUCGACUUCUACAAAUGUUCCUAACACCUCACACGUAGACGUCAGUACUGCGGAACUCUUACAAUCUCUCAAUCCUUCAUUCCGUCAACCUGGAGGAAGAUUCGGGAAAGGCAAUGUGAAGCAAGCUCACAAAAGUGUAACUGGCCCUAGUGCAGCUAAUUCGGUUGCACCACCAACUACCUUUGUGGACCAGAACAUCGACCCAGACUUAUGGGGCAUAAAUGAGGUUGAACAUCAAUCAUCUGAGGGAAGUGUCAGCUCUGAUGACAAUGAGGAGGAGGAGGGGGAGGAGGAGGAUGAAGAGGAGGAGAUGAGAUUUUCUGGGGAAGAUUUGCCCCCUUCACAACCACGAGUCACUCGUCCUAUUACACCGGAAUUUGACUUUCAAUAUUCACGCAAUGAAGAUGACAUGGUUGCUCAGACCAGUGUCUUACAUGCAGCUAAUCCCUCCAUGUUGUCCGUACAGCGGUCCAGCAGUUCACAGCCACAGCUACAGGGCAUUCAGAUCACGAUAUCACAGCCCAAUAAUGUAUUGAAACGCCACCACAAGAAGAAUGGCCAGCUGCAUCUUCCUGAUCCUGAAGCUCUUGAGUUGUUGCAUCAAGUCGAGUCUGAUGAUGAUCAGCCAUCUAAGACUAAACGAUCGAAGAAACCGAGUGAUGGACCAAAGCCAACUCAACUAGCAUGGUAUGUCUUAGUUGCAUGGGACCAAGAUGGUAAACAAUUUGAAGCCAGGAUCUGGCCACAGCAAAAAUCUAACAUGGCUCAACUGUUGUAUGAUGAUCUCGCAACUUGGCGAUCUGAUUUGAAGAAAUCUGCUGCAAGUCUUGCACCUCAAUCAUAUUCACUCAUUCCCCCGCCUUCGGUCUCCUUUCAAGAACGUGCAGAGUGGGUAGAACACGCUGCUGCAGCCUUACUUGAAGGAUCACUCUUCUUACGCUUUGGAUUAGAUGAAUAUUACAACUGCAUCCUCGAUGGUCUCACGAAGAAUGGCAAUGGAAAAUAUUACCCAAAGUUUACUGCGAGGAAAUAUGGCCCUAUCUACUCCAAAAUGGUCCAGAUGCUUGACAACAUCCUUCAGGAUCUGUACCAUGGCCCUAGGUUGUUGGCGCAGCUGCGGGAGUGGACUGAAGCUGGAUGGGCUGCAAGUUUGAGGGUUGAUGGAGCUGUGGAGACUCGACACAACCACCUGCAGAUCAUUCUUGACUGA